AUGGAAUUCAUAUCCAAGCAAUAUGAAGAAAUGAAGAAUAAGUUCUCGAAAAUGGAAACUGAACGUCGUGAACACUUAGCAUACAUCCAAAUGCUGGAAGGAAAAAUAGAAAAUUUAGAGAAAUGUCAAAAGCAAACCUGUAUUGAGAUACGAAACGUCCCAGUUCCGAAAUCGGAAUCAAAAGAGGAUUUAAUAUGCAUAGUACAGAAAGUAUGCAACACCACCAAUACCCAUAUUGAAGAACAUCACAUAAAAGACAUAUUUCGUCUAAACGCCGACAAAGGCGGAAUGAAAUCUAUUAUCAUCGAUUUCUAUUCUGUGAUAAUGAAGGAAAGACUGUUAUCCUCCAUUAAAUCGUUUAAUCGGAUUAAUAACCAGAACAAAUUAAACACAACACAUCUUGAAAUGGCAGGGCAGCCUAAACCGAUAUUUGUCUCUGAAUGCCUUACACAGAAAACAAAAAGAACUUUCUAUCUAGCUCGUGAGUACUGUAAGAAGAACGGUUAUGAAUUCUGCUGGACUGCUCACGGAAGAGUCUAUCUCCGUAAGGGAACGGGCGCUCGCGCACAUCGAAUUGAGUCGGCAAGUGAUUUGGAUCGACUGGAUACCCAUCAGGAUUCGUGA